AUGCGCAUCUUUGGCACCACCAUCACUGCUGUCAAGCAUGAGUUUGGCUUCAUCCGGGUAAACCAGCAGCAGAUGGAGCUGCCCGUGACCCUGGGGGAUGGGCAACUGCGACUCUCCUUCCGCAGCUCAGAACUCUGGGCUGAGGCCGGCCUGGAGCGGGAGCCAGUGGCUCUGCGCCUGGUCUAUGACUGGCAGUAUGCACUGUCUUUGCAACUGGCUGCUGGCUACCGGGGCCAUGUGGCCGGCCUCUGUGGCAACUUCAAUGGGGACCCUUCAGAUGACCAGGAGGGCCCUGACCCGCGGGCCUUCUUGCACACAUGGGGUCUGCAGUUGCCUAAUGACCCCUGCCGCACCCUCUGGGCGGCCCCCUGCACUGUGCCCACAGCCCCACUAUGGACCCCAGAGCCCUGCGGAGUCCUGGCUGCUCCGAAUGGGCCCUUUCGCCUCUGCCACGCUGUGCUACCAUCGGCGUCCUUUGAGAGCAGCUGCCGAGCUUGGACCUGCUCCUUUCCCAACCAUCGACCUGCGCUGUGCCAGGCCAUCCAGGUCUACGCCCGUGCCUGCCAACGUCUGGGUGUCAGCAUCGACUCCUGGAGAUUCCAGGCUGGCUGCCCCAUCGACUGUCCCCCGAACAGCCACUAUGAGCCGUGCGGGUCUUCCUGCCCAGAGACUUGUGUGAGCUUGUCAGAAACGCUGUCUUGUCAUCUGCCCUGCGGAGAGACGUGCGCUUGCGACGCGGGCUACGAGCGCAGGGGCCCCCUGUGCAUCCUGCGGCGUCGAGGCCUGGUGGGCUGCGGCUGCACGCACGGGGGCCACCGGCUGGCUCCGGGCGAGGAGGCCUGGGAGGGUGCGGGGUGCACGCGCCGCUGCCUCUGCCCGGCCGCCGGUGGGGUCGUUGUAUGCCGCAAGGCCGGCUGCAGUCCUGCCGAGCGCUGCGCCCUGGCUGACGCUCGGCCCUUCUGCCGGCCCCGGGGUCCUGCCACGUGCACCGCCGCCGGCGGGGGCCAUUAUGUCACCUUCGAUGGGCGCCGCUUCCGCUUCCCCAGCAGCUCGUGCGCCUACCUGCUGAGCGGCCUCCGCUCCCCUGCGCCGCGCGGGCUCGCAGACUUCCGCGUGCUCCAGAGCACCGGGCCAGAGGGAGCCCCCAGCAGCCUGGAAGUGCACGUGCCAGGGUUCCACCUGAGACUCGACGCCCAGGAACCUGGCCGGGUGAUGGUCAAUGGAGACUGGCAGAAUCUACCAUUCCGGGCUCCAGACAAUGGCACACUCAUCUUUCGCCGAGGCUGGGACACUGUGGUCCACUGCUCCUUUGGGCUGCAUGUGAUAUAUGCCCCAGAGAUCCGUGUGGCCCUGGAUCUUCCAGAAGCAUAUCGGGGCCAUGUGGUGGGGCUUUGCGCAGACUACAAUGGGGAUCCCUUGGAUGACCUUCGGGUGCCUGGGGUUUGGGUCAACCCUGAGCUGCCUGAGGAUGCGCUGGCCUGGGCCUUCGGCCACAGCUGCUUGGUAGACUCCUCAGCAGGGUGCCCAGAUGCUGCUGCCAAGAUACCACCACCGCUACCCUCCUGUGUCACCCUGUCAACCUCCAGCACCUCAGCUCACUUCUCCCAUAGCUGCAGCAUCCUCUUGGACCCUCGGGGACCCUUUCAGCUGUGUCAUGAGCUGCUGGCACCGAAGCCCUAUUUCCAGGACUGCCUGGUGGGGGUCUGCCAGGGUACCGGGCCCUGCCCCAUGCUCAGCCUCUACUGUGAAGCCUGCCAGCUGUUGGGGCUCCAGGUCGCCCCCUGGCGGAAGGCGAGCCUGUGCAGCCCGCUGUGCCCCGCACACGCUCACUACUCGCUCUGUGCCCCCGCCUGCCCCAUCACCUGUGCCGGGCCGGAACCAGCGCCCAGCUGCGGAGGCGACAGGCGCUGCCGGGAGGGCUGCGUGUGCGACCCGGGCUUCGUGCAGAGCGGCGCCGCCUGCGUGCCCGUGGCCCAGUGCGGCUGUCUGCUGGGAGGCCACUACUUUGAGCCGGGCGCCCCGCUGCCACCGCUGGGCCCAUCCUCCACCACACUCGGUCCCUGCUGCCGCUGCCACGCAGGGGGGCGGGUGAUCUGCGCCCCGUGCCAGGUGGCUCAGGACAGCCCAGGACUCUGCCUGGCCUGGGGCGGGCUCGGCUACCGAACCUUCGACGGCGCCACCAUCCAUCUCCCCGGCUCCUGCACCCCCUUGUUGGUGGGCACCGGUCGUGCCCGCCUGCAGGGGGUGUGGCCUUUCCACGUGACUCUGGAGAGAGGCGCCGAGUCCAGCUCAGCCCGUCACGUGCUGCUCCACGUGCAAGGCCACCGCUUCAGCCUGCACUGCCAGGACUGGGGGUACCUGAUGGUGGACGGGGUGCGGGCCUGCCUGCCCUUCACACUGCCCAGCGGUGGGGUGCGUGCCUUCACGCGGGGCGCGACUGUCGUGCUGGUGGUGCGGGGAGGCCCACAGCUGCUGUUCCAUCGUGACUGUCACCUGAGCGUGGUGCUGCCCAAUGCCUACCGUAACCUCACACAAGGUCUCUGUGGCAACUUCAACGGCCAUGCCCAGGACGACAUGCCACUGUAUGAGCCCUGCCCGACGCUGCACCCCUGCCCAGGCUCCGGCUGUCCCACGGAUGCCCAGGUCACAGACGUGGUCACGGACACAAACACGGUGUGGCCCAGCGCCUGUGACCUCUUGCGAGAGCCCAGCAGCCCACUAGCCCCCUGCCAUCCCCACCUGCCACCGCAGCCCUUCUUCCAGGCCUGCACUGCCGACGUGGGCAGCGCCCAUGGGAGUGACCCUGUGAUCUGCGCCUGGCUGCAGGCCUAUGUGGCUGCCUGCCACAUGGCAGGUGCCAGUGUGCGACCCUGGAGGGGCCCCAGCUUCUGCUCGCCCUGUCUGGGGGUCCAGGAGGUGGUGCAGCUGCCCACCCCCUGUGCCGAGGGCUGCGAGUGUGAUGAAGGAUUCUUCCCUGCGGGGGGUGACUGUGUCCCCAUGGACUAUUGUUCUUGCUUCUACAAUGGCCAGUACUUUCCGCCAGGCCAGACCAUCCUUAGCCACAACUGCUCCUCCUCCUGCUCCUGCCGGCCACUGGGCGGUGUGAGCUGCGUCCCCUUCAGCUGCCCUCCAGGGACGGUCUGUGGCAUUGCAGAUGGAGUCCUGGGCUGUCGGGCAUCAGCCACCUUGGUCCCUGUCCUGAGCCCUGUGACUCCAACACGUUUUGUCCCCCCUCUGCUCCCCACUCCUCGUUCCCAGUGCCCUGCCAACUCCCACUUUGUCCCAUGUGGCUCUAUGUGCCCUGCCACCUGUGCCCACCCCUCAGCCCCAGAGCACUGUGGGCAGCCCUGUGCCCCUGUCUGCCAGUGCCUACCAGGGUUCCUGCUGCUGGAGGACCGCUGUGUGCCCCCUGCCCACUGCCUCUGCCUCCAGCACCACCACCACACUUUCUGGACCGCCAACUGCACCCAACGCUGCCGCUGCCUUGCCCUGGAGAGCCAGGUGGUCCAGUGCCAGCCCGACACGUGUUCUGGUCACUGCAAGGCCUCUGCAGAUGGCUGGGAGCGCUGCCUGCUAGGCCAGUCCCUGCCCGGUGGCACAGGCCCAGAGGAGCCGUUGAUCUGUACUGUGGCUGGCGACUUCCACUUCCACACCUUCGGAGGCGCCCACUACGAAUUCUCGGGCUCCUGCGUCUACCGCCUGGUGGGACUCUGCGGCUCACACCCUGCCGGGCUGGAGUCCUUCAGUCUGGAUGUGGCCCCGCUUCUGCAGCCACACAGCUGCCCCAAGGCUCUGACCCUCUCGGCCUGUGGCCUCAGGGUGGACAUGAAUCCGAAAGACCCCAACCACAUCCGGGUUAACGGGAUUCUGGAAUCGUUGCCUUUCUCUCACGGGAGUUGUCUUCAUGCCUACCUCCGAGGCUACCAGCUCUGCAUAGAGACCACCUUCGGACUCCUGCUGACCUACGAUUGGCAUGGCUUGGUGCGGGUAACACUGCCAAGGUCCUACGGCCCCUACUUGUGUGGACUCUGCGGCACAAGUGGCCCCACCGCGCCAGAGCCCGAUGCCUGGAAGGUGGCCGAGGUGCCAGGCUGUGGCCCCAACUGCGGGCCCCUCUGCCCUAGUCCCUGCCCUGUGGCUGCCCGCCAGCCAUUCUCCGGGGACCGGUACUGCGGAUUGCUGACCUCCGCCCAGGGUCCCCUGGAGCCCUGCCAUGCAGCGCUGGACCCGCAGCCCUUCCUCAGCGACUGCUUGGUGGACACGUGCCGUCGCCGCGGGGCCCAGGGCACCGUCUGCAGAGCUCUGGCCGCCUACACCACCGCCUGCCAGGCUCUGGGUGUUCGCCUGUGGCCCUGGAGGACGCCUGACUUCUGCCCCUUGCAGUGUCCGCCGCACUCGCAGUACGAGCUGUGCGGCCCGUGCUGUCCCGCCACGUGCGCGGGCAGCGCGGGCUGCGAAGCCCCCGGAGCCCCCGGAGGCCGCUGCUGCGAGGGCUGCGUGUGCCAGGCGGGUUUCGUGCUGAGCGGUGGCCUCUGCGUGCCCGCGGCGCAGUGCGGCUGCCUCCGCGCCGGCCGCUACCGACCCCGGGGCGCCGUCUGGUACCCCGGGCCCGGCUGCGCGCGCCGCUGCCGCUGCGGACCGGCCGGCGUGGUGACGUGCGCGCCGCAGCCGUGCGCGCGCGGCCAGGUGUGCGGCCUCCGCGGGGGCGUGCGCCGCUGCCUGCCGAACAGCCGCGCCUACUGCGCGCUCGCCGGGUCCGUGCACGUGCUCGACUUUGACGGCCACGCCCGCGCACUGCCUCUGCCCGCGCCCUUCUCUCCCAAGCGCUGCCUGGACGUGCUGGCCCGCACCACACGCCCCGGAGCCUGGCCCUUCAGCCUCGACGUGGCCCGAGAUGGCACCGGGCCGCUCAGCCUGCACUUCAGCCUCGCCGGCCGCCGCCUGCAGCUGGACCGCCACGCGGUUGGGGUCAUCAUGGUGGACGGGGAGCGCUGGAGGCUGCCCUGGGCCCUGCCUGGGGGCCAGGUCUGGGCCACCCUGGAGGGCCGCCAUGUGGUGGUGCACGCAGCCUGUGGCCUGCGGCUCCUGUAUGACUGGGGGGAGCACGUGCGCCUCAGUGUACCUUCCACCUUCCAUGGCCGCCUGGCAGGGCUCUGUGGGGCCUUUGGUGAUGACGAGGACCCCCUCGGGCUGCCUUUGGACACAAAAUCCUCGCCCACAGGCCCAGUGGCCACCCCAUGUCCCCUGCCCGCAGCUGACCUCGGCUUCAGCAUUAACUGCUCUGUGCAGCUUGCCCCACUCUUCAAGGCUCCCAAGCUGUGUGGGAUUCUCCAGGCCUCCGAUGGCCCCUUUGGCCACUGCUUGGGUCAAGUGGACCCCACACCUUUCUUGAGGAUAUGCCUGCAGGAAGAAUGUCACUCCCAGGACGGAAGCCUGGAACUCUGUAAGAUCCUCACUGCCUACACUGCAGCCUGCCAGGAGGCCGGGAUCCCCGUCUUGCCCUGGAGGGGCCCCAACCUUUGCCCCAUGUCUUGCCCACCCCGACGCCGCUACAGUAUCUGUGCCCAGACUUGUGCGGGGGGCUGUGUUCUGCCUACCAGCCCUGCUCACUGCGCCACCCUAUGCUACGAGGGCUGUGAGUGUGAGCCCGGCCUCGUCUUUGAUGGCACCGACUGCAUAUCCCGAAACCACUGCGGCUGUUUGCACAAUGGACACUACGUGCCAGUUGGGGAGGCACUGAUCCUGCCAGGCUGUCGGGAGCGCUGUGUGUGUGCACAGGGCCACGGUCUCCAGUGCCAGCCCUUUGCCUGCUCACAGGGCACAGACUGCAUCCUGGAGGGAGGUGCUUGGUGCUGUGAAGCUGGGGGCGGGGCCACGUGUCACCUGGUGCCCGGGGGCCUCUUCACCACCUUUGAUGGCUUCAGUGGGCUGGCACCCGCGCCUGUGACACCCUGUGCCUAUGAACUAGCCUCCCUGAUGGGCUCCGGACCCCAAGAUCCUGACUGGUUCCAUGUCAUUGCUGACUUUCCACCCUGUCCUGGGUGCCCUACUUCCCAACCGCGGGUGAUCAUCAGCUUCAGGGAUGGCUGUGCGGCUGUGGGACCCAAUAGAGAAGUCUGGGUGAAUGGUCGCCGCGCACGCCUCCCGGCCCAGGUGUGCAGGGGCGUGGUGGCUCGCCAGGCGGAAGGCUCCGGGGUGAUCAUCGAGCGUUCCCCCAUGUUGCGGAUGUUGGUGGGGCCGCACGGGGCUGUGGCCCUGCGCGCCUCUUCUGCACUCCGAGGGCGUCUCCGGGCCGCAUGUGGGGACUACAAUGGAAUUGCAGCCGACGACCUGGUACUUCUUCCGAGAGGACUCCGGGGUGCCAGCCUAGGAGACGCGUUCCAGGGGUGCCUGACGCGGAGCCUCAGCAGCUGCACUGAGCAGCUGCCGGCCGGGCCCCCACCGUUCGCCGCGUGACCCCAUCUCUCUAGGCGUCCCC